UUCUGUUAGUACCUUGCCUAGCGGCUACCACCCACCCUAUACCCGAAACCUAAUCGCCAAUAAGAAUCCAACAGUUUUGUACUUUUGGCCUUACAAAGGACAACCUCGGAGGAAACAAGUGGGAAUCUUCAACGGCCGGUUAUCUCUCCUCUCCACCAUCAAACGAGAGUCGAGAGUCGAGAGAGUCGAGAGAGUCGAGAGAGUCGAGAGGGAGAGGAUCCCGCUCAGCCUCUCUCUCACUCUCCGCUGGAUUUCCACAAGGAAAGAUAUUCUCACAAAUCACAACCUUUUGUUGUCUGAAUCUGCCAUCCAAUGAGUGAUGAACACACAGUAGCAGAUAUCUCGGGUCUCUUUCUUGAGCCAAUUGCCAAUUUGCCACCAUACCAAUAGAGAGCGGAUGCCUCGAACUCGAAUAAAGAGACUGAGGCCAUUGAGGACCACACACAGGGCACGUGACCCUCAGCCUUAUAUAUAUACAUACGACACGUGACCGUUGCAGUAUGACAGUAUCCCAGUAUCACGCAUGAAAGACUGGGGUGGGGAGAACACAAUUACAUCCACAAGUUUCAAACUCCCAUAGUCACAGAUGUGACUAUGUGAGAUUGUGAGUGAUGAGUGAUCCCGGCUCUCUCCAACCAAAUUUACGCUCCACCAUCCUUCAUCGUUCAUUCCAACAAAUUAACUAACUACCUCUCUCUCUCUCUGACCCGGCUCAUUUACAUCUCUGACUCUGAGACUGAGUUCACUUGAAAGAAAUGUAGCAAUUAACUCUGGCCCUGACUCUGGAGAUCUCUCUCUCUCUCUCUCUCUCUCUCUCUCUCUCGCUCUCGCUCUCGCUCUCUCCCUCCCUCUCCAAGCUCCUCUGUGUUUUUUCUGAUUCUCGAUAACAAUGUAGUGUAAAGAAGAUGGGUAGGAGAAGAGAAAAAGACCCCAAAUCUCUCACUCUUCCUUCAUCUCCUGCUCACUCUUUCUCUUCUUCAUCUUCAUCAGACUUCGAGUUCACCAUCUCUUUAUCUCCCCGCAAGGCCUCUUCCAAUCUUUGCCCAGCUGAUGAGCUCUUCUACAAGGGCCAGCUCCUCCCUCUCCAGCUCUCUCCCCGCCUCUCCAUGGUUCGAACUCUCCUGCUCGCCUCCUCCAGCUCCUCCUCUUGCUCCGACACCACUACCACCGCUUCUCGAGACUCCACCGGUAGCUCCAACGACUCCAACUCCUCGUUCUCCAGUGAUCUUGUCUUACUCGCCGAGUGUGACUCGUCUCGGCCGAGUUCGGUGACUGAGGAAGACGAGUUUAAGCGUCUCAACCAUAGUUAUCACCAUCAGAGCCCACAGGUCAAGAAACCCAAGUACUUCUCUCUGGCCAGAUUCUCUUCCGUGUUUCGCAAAGACAACAACAGCAACAACAACAACAAGCAUAGAGAUCAGGAGAACGUAUCGGCUUCUUCCUCUGUGAAGCGGAUGAGCGCAUCAGCCAAGGACGUCCUUAGGAAGUAUUUGAAAAAGGUGAAGCCUUUAUACGAAAAGUUAUCACAGAAGCAACAGCAACAACACCAUCAGCAACAGAAGACGGCGACGACGGCGACGGUGGCUUCUUUGGCCCUGAAGACUGAUCAGGGGUCCGGGAAAAUUAGAUUAGUCUCUGCUCCAAAUACAAGGAAAGAAAGCACCGGCGUGUUCUCUCAUUCUUUCUCGGGAAAUCUGAGAUACCCACGAAGGAGAAGAUGUGUUUCGAGUUGCCCAUCUUCGAUGCGGUCGUCGCCGAGUCAUUCUGGUGUCCUCUGUCGAGGCAGUAUUAUUAGUGGGAAGAGCGUAAUGGGAAGCAUGUACCAUGCAGAUUCAUCAUCAAUGGAGGAGCUGCAGAGUGCGAUUCAAGGAGCCAUUACAUAUUGCAAGAACUCUAUGAUCCAGGACAAGACAUUGGUGAGUAAAGAGAUCUGAAAGCUUAUAUUGUUAAUUUUUGUCUGAGAGAAAAUAUAAUCCAUGUCAAGUUCUGUUUUACUUUUUGUUUUCGUUUUUUUCUUCUGCUUCCCACUAAUCUCAAGAACCGAACCAGAUGUCUCUUUCUCUCAUGUAGAACAGCAAAAGAUGUUUUUUCUUUCUCUUUUAUCAAACGAAUAGUUACUACAAUAAACCCAUCUCGAUUUUCAAUUAA